UGUGGAGCAACAGUACCUUUGCUGUUGUGUUCAUGUUGUACGUUUUUCUCCCAGUGUCAGCUUGGGUCUACCGAUUGUAAGGAAAUUCCCUGGAAACGCUCAGAUUAAAGUGUUGGCGAUAACCCAUUUGAUUCAAUUCAUUUUAGCAUUUUGUGAAUAAAUAAUACAGCCAUAGGCUUAAUUCAUUUGCAUUUUUUAAUGGACUGUUCAUCGUCGUUUCCUUUCCACUUUAGCGACGCAACAUCCUCUCAUUUUUCCCACAACUCGACGCGACUACGCGCGUAGCCAAGGGGACGGUAGGAAUUUUCGUGGUCAGCAUCACAGGUGCUCGUGGACCCUUUUGCAUAAUAUUGGACCACUUUCCCAAAUUAUGCUUAUGAGCAAAUUAAUGAAUGUAAUACACCAGGGAAAACAUCUGACCAGUCCGAAAGCAAGAAUGGAUCUGCACCUCAAACGUUGGGCUUAUUGUAACUGGGGCAUUGUCUAUCCAUAGCUGCUGUCGGAGUUCGGAUUAUACGAGAUCCACCGAACAUAAAAUGGCAAAUAAUUGGAAAUAACACUCGGCACUGCUUGGUUUUGAGGCUAUUCAUCAUCUGAAAUAUAUUAGCAUUUGUUAAUUUAAAAGAGGAAAUAAUACAGGCUGAAAUAUCAAACCACCGUCCUGCCAAAAAAUCGAAGACAACAUCUGUACUAGUGUAUUUUAAUCCCAUGGUCAUCUGCUGGGGAUUUCUCAAACUGCUCCGGCUGUUAACUUUUGCAAAGCUCAUCAUCAUCAACAUCAUCUGCCACUUCAAACGCAUCACGCCUCAAGAGGAGAAAGCCUAGCCGCUUUUGACAUUUCAAAAAGACGCUGAUCAAAGAAGUUGUUUGAAACGUCAGUUGGGAAAAGCACCUUCAUUAUGACCGUGAGUUGUGCCGAGUGACCCAGAUGAGUCCAUCGGACCACCAUGUCACAGAGGACAAUAGGAGGGACUGCUGACAUCACACUUGCAAUUGUUAAUUGACAUUUAUUUUUUUUGCCCAUCUCUGAUGACCAACGGGGUAGUAGUGGUCUUCUUGUGCUGUAUUAGUAGCAGCUGAACCAUAGACACAAACCAUAGAAGAUGGCACGGCCGGGCUCUGGCGUGCUGGUUUCGGUCAAUGGGCUUGGGUACCCUCCUCAGAACCUGGCCCGGGUGGUGGUGUGGGAGUGGCUGAAUGAACAUGGACGCUGGCGGCCAUACAGCGCGGCAACUUGCCACCACAUAGAGAACGUACUGAAGGGGGACGCGAGGGGGACUGUGGUCCUUGGACAGGUGGAUGCCCAGCUGGCUCCUUACGUUAUCGACUUGCAGUCCAUGCACCAGUUCAGACAGGACACAGGCACCAUGAGGCCAGUCCACAGAAACUUCUACGAGCCUUCGUCCGCCCCGGGGAAGGGCGUGGUGUGGGAGUGGGAGAACGACAGCGGCUCCUGGACGCCGUACGACAUGGAGAUCUGUGUGACCAUCCAGAACGCCUACGAGAAGCAGCACCCCUGGCUGGACCUGACCUCUCUGGGUUUCUGCUACCUCAUAGACUUCAACAGCAUGGCCCAGACCAACCGCCAGAGCCAGAGGAAGCGGCGGCUGCGCCGACGGAUGGACCUGGCCUACCCCCUCAUCAUGGGCUCCAUCCCCAAGUCCCAGUCGUGGCCCGUGGGAGCCAGCUCCGGCCAGCCCUGCUCCUGCCAGCAGUGCAUCUUGGUCAACAGCACCCGGGCCGCCUCCAACGCCAUCCUGGCCUCCCAGCGCCGUAAGCUGUACGGAGGGUCCGCGGGGGCUCCCGGGGCCACAGGCACGCUCACCGCAGUGCGGCAGAGUAACACCUUCGCUGGAACCACCAGCAACAUACAGCAUAACAACAUCAGCACAGGAGGCGGUCAGGCCAAAGCUGAACAGGUGCAGUCGCCCGUGUUCAGCGCCAACUUCUCCUGUUCCCCGGCACUGCCGUCCCUUCCGGCCGCGCACGGCCUCUCCCAUGUCCACGCACACUCCCACGGCCACCAUGCCAUCAUCAAUGGGCAGAACAACCUGAACCGGCCGGGCACCCAGCGCCUUUCCAUGGGUACUGCCAGAGGAGCCGUCCCACCAGGAGUCCCUGCCCUCCCUGUUAAGAACCUUACUGGAUCAGGACCAGUUCACCCAGCACUUGCAGGUAUGACAGGUAUCUUAAUGUGUGCGGCUGGCUUGCCUGUCUGUCUGACCCGGGCCCCUAAACCCAUCCUGCACCCGCCUCCCAUCAACAAGAGUGACAUGAAGCCUGUGCCCGGAGUCAACGGCAUCCGCCGCAAGACCAAGAAGAAGCACCUUAGAAGAGGGAAAAACCCGGAGGAUGUGGUCCGGCGAUACACGGAGAAAGUGAAAGUAGCCCCUGACGAGGACUGCACCAUCUGUAUGGAGAGGCUGGUGAUGUCAUCAGGCUACGAGGGUGUCCUGCAGCACAAGGGCAUAAAGCCAGAGCUGGUGGGCAAGCUUGGCAAAUGUGGGCACAUGUACCAUCUGCUGUGCCUGGUGGCAAUGUACAACAAUGGCAACAAGGAUGGCAGUCUGCAGUGCCCUACCUGUAAGGCUAUCUAUGGGGAGAAAACCGGCACCCAGCCCCCUGGGAAGAUGGAGUACCAUGUCAUCCCCCACUGCCUGCCCGGCUACCCAGAGGCCAAGACCAUCCGCAUUGUCUAUGACAUUCCUGCAGGCAUACAGACCACAGAGCAUCCCAAUCCAGGGAAGAAGUUCAGCGCUAGGGGCUUCCCCCGGCACUGCUACCUCCCAGACAAUGAUAAGGGCAGGAGGGUCCUGAAACUUCUCAUCAUGGCGUGGGACCGCCGCCUCAUCUUCACAAUCGGCACGUCCAGCACCACAGGUGAGUCAGACACGGUGGUGUGGAACGAGAUUCACCACAAGACGGAGUUUGGCUCCAAUCUGACUGGACACGGCUACCCGGACCCCAACUACCUGGACAACGUCCUGACAGAGCUGUCAGCGCAGGGGGUGGGGGAGGACAACCUGAAGGAGUGAGAUGUGGGGAGGGGGGCAGAGAGGCCCCCCCGAGGACCAGCGCCCAUAUAUGUACCUGACAUAGAGUCUCUGAAUAAAGGGGCUAUAUGUAAUACCAUAACUGACUUUCAGUCCCCACUCCCAAAACGGCCCCUCAGAUUCUGUAUGGUGGGGGGGGGGGGGGGGGGUCAAGGGAUUACCACAAAUGGCAUAGAAGUGGUCAAGUCAUGAUUUUGUUCCACUGGCAUUUGCAUUGACCUAAACGUAACAGUAAAACAUUUCUGACUGCAGUGUCAUUGUCUAUGCCUUGAGCGUGUGCAUUUUUGCCCAAUGUCAGCCUGAUAGGGUAGAUAUAUGGAAGGACAGGAUUUGAAAUGUUGAUCUC